GGCGGCGGCAUUGGGCACGAGGCGGGAGGUGGGGCCGGCCUCCUCCAGAGGCGACUCGGCAAAGGCCGGCUUGCCACCCUGCCGCAAUUUCCCUGUGUCAUGGCUCCCGUUUCCUAGCAACAGCGGCGAGGUUGGCCAGCGGCGGCAGAGGCAGGCAGGAGCGAGUGGCGGCGAAUCAGCAGCUCCGCCAGCUCGCGGCAGCCACCACAAGGCGCGCGGGAGCCGAGCGGCGGCGACGGGGCCACGAUGCAGAGCGGAGCGGGAGGCGCUCCCGGCUGGGACUCCGCCGUGCACCCGCGGAGGCUGCCCCUAGCCCGCCCGCCGAGCCGUUGGCGGGGAUAAUGAGCGAGCCGGGAGGCCGGCGGGGCUGGGCUGCGGCGUCAGCCUGGGCUGCAAAGUUUCUCCAUGGUUUCUCUCUGGGCUGCCAGGAACUCGGCGACGGCGCCGACAUCCCCCCGUCUCCCCCGGUAAGACACCGGCACUUCCACGCGCCACCGUUGUGAGCCCUCCGCUCUCACCGGGACGUCCCCUCGAGGCUGGACUGGAGGGCGAGCUCGCGCUUUCCCUCCCCCCCCCCUCCCCAUGCACGCACCCGCUGGGCUGGGGAGACGGUGCCAGGAGGGCUGGAAGAGCGCGUGGGGAUCGUGCGGCGAAAUGAGCGCAGGUGACGGGGUUGGCCACCUGACAGUCCCUUGGACGGAUUUUUCUUGAGCAGGCAAGUUUGGAUUUGCAAAGUUGAGAGACGUGGCUGCCCUACUCGACGGCUCCAGAGCCAACUCAACGACUGUCUCCUUGAUGGCCAAGCUUUCGCCUCCGGAGAUGCUGCUAGUCGAGCUGUCCAACAUGCAGCUGCAUCAGGACUGUACCCAAUAGACUUGGACAACUUUGCUAAUGUCACUAUGUAGGACAGCCUAGCACCAGGAGCCAGAAUUGCUGUAGGGAAUUGCCCAGGAUAGCCAGCCAUGAUAGCCACUGGAGGCCUCCUGAGGAUCUCAGCCAGGAAACAGGAUCCACUGCGGCCUCAGAGCCAGGUUCCAAAACGCAAGCGCAAAGCCAAAAAGAAACGCAAGAACGACGUGGUGGUGGUGAAGGGCAAGCUCAAACUCUGCUCACUCUCAGGCCUCAUUGCUCUCUGUGGUAUCUUGGUGCUGCUUGUGGGAAUUGCUUUGGCAGUAGUAGGCUAUUGGCCCAAGCCUCUUUACCGAGCAGGAGAGAACCAAUUCUUGCCACCACAUGGAGGAACCACCAAAAAUCGCUCCAGGAGCCAGACAGGAGAUCCAGGAGAAUCUCGUCUGGAAGGCUCAGGGACCAAUUCCUCCUUCCCUAACAGAAAGAAGGGUCUUCCUCAUUCAUCACCUUCCCCCUCACCCUCCUCCUCUUCCUCAGUAAGUUUCCUUUUUCAGCUUUUCUCUGGGUAUUUGCAUUCAGACAAACUUAAGGUGCUAGGGCCUCUUAUCAUGGGCAUUGGAAUCUUCCUCUUCAUCUGCGCCAACGCAGUGCUUCAUGAGAAUCGUGACAAGAAGACCAAGAUUAUCAACCUGCGGGAUCUGUACUCCACGGUCAUAGAUGCACACAGUCUUCGGGCCAAGGAUGGGCCCCCCUCAGCCUCUGUGGCCCCAGUUCCAAUCAAUGGCUUUGUUAACUAUGUUCAGCCUCGGGGGCUGGAGCCCAAACCUGGCACUGGGUCUGGGGAAGCCUUGGGGACUGCUGCCAUGCUAGCCAAAAGCACCUGGCACCCAUCUGUGGGUGCCCCCCUGUCUCCUCCUGACUUAGCAUCAACACCACGCUGCUCCUCUUUCUCUUCUUCAAGGCAGCCACCUCCACCUAGCUUGGCUGAGGCUGUGUACAGCAUAUAUCGGGAGAGAGCAGCCUUGGACAGACCUACUCGAAGCCCACCUUGCAGCCCCCCAGAGAGCUGGGACCAACGCAGCACUGCCAGUUCCAUUGUGGGCUCCUCAAUCAGCGCCUUCACUUUGUUGCCACUGGCUCAGGGGGAGGCAGCAGAUAAAGACCGUCGUGGAUGGCGGAGACCAUUGGGUGAACGAGGGACCAGGGAAAUUCCACGGGGAGAGUUUGAGCUCAGUCUGACUGAUCUUAGGAACAAAUAUGUGGACACAGGGCAAGGUCACAUCAUGCUGCCCAGGACGGGUAAACGCAAACUGGUUUUUAGACGCCAGAGCACAAGCUGCCUCCCUGAUGCCAGGAGAUCCCUCUCCCCAGAACCCUCACAAACACUGGACAGUAGCACAGACUUAGACUCUAGCCUUUUAGUCAAGGCUUCCUCUUCCAGUUACUCAAAAUCUCUAGAUCUGGGGGACUCUCCCCCUUCCACACCACCUGGGGAUAGGAGAGAUUCCCAGAACUCUCAGUGUGAUCAGUACAGAAGCAAUAAGGGCUAUACCCCACUGGAGGAGACAGGCACCUCCUUGGAAUCUAUUGCCAACACCCCAGCCCAUAAAACCCAGGAUUGUGAUGUCAACCCUAGUGGGGAAACUGCCCCUUCAGAGGAAACCAGCAAUGAACAAACAGAACAGCAGCAGCGUUUGAAAAUUCAAAGACAAUAUACAAAUAAAGAGAAACUCUUCAUGAUCUCCAGGUCAGAUGCUGUUGCUGGGCUGGAGGAAGGAGACUUGGAGAACACUGGCAUUUAAACAGAAUAAAAUGGAGAUAAGCACCAGAACAACCUGUAAUCCUUCUGCCCCCUGGUGGAUCUGGGAAACUGGUCACUAUCCAAAGAGAUGAAGUUUGUUAGCCUUGAAUAGCAUUCAUUAAAUUUACGUAGUUCUUUUCAGGAAAAAAGAAAAACCCGAACAGGAGUUUGAGCUGUUCAGUUGUGAUCCUAUAUUUCAUGGAAGCCAAAUUGUAUUACAGAUCAGCAACCCAGUAAAUUCUUUGGGACAAACGAACCAAACUUCUUGACAAUAAUUGUGCACUUUACAAAUUUUUACUUUCCAGCCCCUUUCUUCUCUCUUGGAUUUAUCAUGUCAUUAACUGCACAGUCUUUUCUGAGCUGCAGACAGAGGUGAUUUUCAGUUCUGCAAAAUCGGUCUCUCUUCUUCAUUUUACUGUUUGCUUAAAGUAUGGUAUUGGCAGGAAUUGUAAAAAAAGGGAAAGCAGCUCUUAUUUCUGUGAAAGUGUCAGCUGAGGAAAGACUGGUGACGGGUAGAAUUGUGGCCUGCUGAAACGCUGCAAUACUAAAUUCAAAUAAAAAUUAUUUUAUUAAGUAUUAUUGCACAUGUAUGAAGUAAUAGCAUUAAUAACCAUUUUUAAUUUAAAUAAAAUAUGUUUACAGUUAACAAAGUAUAUUCAGGCAAUUCUUCAUUUCCUGCUGAAUCACAAAUGAAAUAAGACUAUAUUUUCAGUUAAAGGUUUUUUUUUAAAAAAAGUUGUAUUUAUUAAGUUAAAGAGAAUAAUGAUAAUAGUAAGUGUAAAUAAAUCACAGAAAUCAAAACGAAUAAGCAAAUUUGGUUUAAAAAAACCCUUUUGUGGACAGGAUAACCUGGGAAAUCCAAAUACUUUUAGGUUCAGGGUUCAGCACCAGGAAAUAUUAAGUAUUAAAAUGUUCAGUUGUAGUUUUGCAGCGUGAUUGAAAAUGCAUUUCUUAUAAGGGCUCCCUCCAGACAAAAGAGAUUUAAGUCUAAUAAUUUGUUUAGGUCCAAGGUUCAAGAUGGGGAAUGAUUUCAAAACUAACUUUUGACUUACUGCAGUUACCCUGAAAUGUUUUUUUUAAGUUUACAUGAUGACUAUGUCUAUCCUGUAUUCUCCUCUGAAGAAAAGUUUGACAACUGACAAGUUCGCCUCACAGAUUUGUUUACUUCAUUUGUGUCCUACUUUGCUAACAUUCACAACCAAUGUUUUAUUUAUAUAUUGAAAAUAGUUAUAUCUUUCUACUGAUGAUGGGAUCUCAAGAGAUUUUACAGUAAUUAAACACAGCAGAAACAAUAAAGUAACAUUAAUAAAACAAUAAAAGCAUACAAUAAGACCAGAAUAGAUAAUGCAUUACAAUCAAACAGCAGAAAGGGAAAGAUCACAGGCCUGGAUAAAUAAACAUUUUCCUUUGGCACCCAGUACUGAGCAAUGUAUGGAGAAGAAGUUCCUUUCCUUUCUCAGAAGUUCUGUAAUUCAUAAAUCCUUCGCAGAAUAGUUCUAAAUAAAUUGUUUAAAGGACA